AUGAAUUUAUUCGUUAUAUAUGAUCGUCUAAAUACUUUUGGUUGGAUUUCAAUCAUCCAGCUAAGUGAACAUCUUGCACCACUUCCUAAUGGAAAAACAGCACAAACUUUGUACUCAGAUUCCUGGAUACACGUUAUUAUAAGGCAUAAGGAAAAUUUCAUUCUUGAGUUAUUGUUCAAGACAGCAAAAGAUGAGAUAUUUUCAUCAGCAGAAAUAUGGUUCAGUCUAGACGGCGAACGAUACCAAUCGGCAGGAGUGCGAGCUAUUAUUCCUGCUGACCGCAUGCGAGAAUCUGCUCGAAACGUUACAAUUAAACUUCGAGGACGACCGGCAAGGUUCAUCAGGAUCCGAUUGUCCUUCGCCGACAAAUGGAUGUUGAUUAGCGAGAUUGCAUUCGAUUCACUUGCACUCACCAACAACCUCACCGAAGAUGAUCUCCAAAGGUACUACCUGAUACCCGAUACUGCAGCUACGACAACAGCUCCGGGAGUUCCCAGUGGAGAAACCACCCAUGCUAGAAAAGAAGUCACUCCUGCUACCAGUCCUACAUCUAGCACCCAAGCGUAUAUAGGGCUUAUCACUGGCGCUUUGGCCAUGGUGAUACUGCUGCUGGCUUGCACUGUGUUUCUGAUGAUCAGACGUGGAAGAAAGAAGGUAAAUGUUAAAUGUAUUUUACGAGCGAUGUAUGAUAGGAGGAUAUCAACUUUAAUUUAA